GGCGGAGCUCCCGGAGCAGAGGCAGAGGUAUUUAAGGGCAGGGGUCCCAGCCCUACGGCCGGCAUUUGCUGAAGCUUGCGCUUGUUCUGGAGCGGUCCUGACUAUAUUCUCCAGCUUGAGGACUCCUGGCAUCGAAUCCUUAGGAGCAUGGAAGCUGGAAGCAAUGUGGAUAGCAGCUGUGUGCUGCGGGAAUCUCGGCGCAGGAAGACGGUUUGGCAGGCCUGGCAAAAGAAGGCCCUGCUAUCAGCUUUCAGCAAGAACCAAUACCCGAGCUUCUGGGACAGGCAGGAACUGGCCAGGCAAAUACAGCUCCCUGUGUCCCGCAUCCGAGUGUGGUUUCAGAACCGAAGAAGUCGCACUGGAGAGGUGAGGCACGGCCCAAAGCGGUCCAGCAGAGGCUCCAUUCCGCUAGCCUCCCAACAGCUCGAGGAAGGCUUUGGCUCCAGGUCACAAGGUAGCAGCAUGCCCUCGGACAGCAGAAGGCCUCGCACUCGACUCAACUUGCAACAGCGCAGGAUCCUAGUGCAAGCCUUUGAGAGGAACCCGUUGCCAGGCUUUGCUACCAGGGAGGAGCUGGGCCAGAGGACAGGUUUGCCCGAGGACACGAUCCACAUAUGGUUUCAGAACAGAAGAGCGCGGCGAGCCCGCGCUCCGGAUCAAGAUGUGCCUGCUUCACAAGUGCAGGAUGUGGCAACUGGAGGUCUCAGUGGCAGGGAUGAGGCAGCACAGGACAUCCUGUUGCCGCUGGCUGCUGCAGGAGGUGUGGGCAUGGAGAACUCGAGCUCCAGCGACCAGCCCCACUUCCACAAAGAGUCCCAGCAUCCCCAAGUGGCACUGCCCGAAGGACCAGGCCAAUCACACACAGCCACUCAAACAUACCAGGCAGGACCUCUGGAACUCCUCCUUGAUGAACUGCUGGAAGAAGACCAAGUGGAGGGUCACGGGCCAUUCCCUCUGGAUCUGGAUGGAAAUUCUGGUGGCAAGGAGCACGAGGGUGUCCAGGAAUCCAUCUUGCAACUGGCUGCCACGGACUGUGUUUCCAAGGAAUCCUCGAGUUAUAGCGACCCAACCAAUUUCUGCAGAGAGUCUCAGCUACCACAAUGGGCAGAGCCUGAAGGACAAGGCCAAGAACAGGCUCUCACUCAAGGGUGCAACAUUGGCCCUGUGGAACUCCUCCUGGAUCAACUGCUGAUGGAAGUUCGAGGGGAGACCCACUCCCCAGGCCCUGUGCAUCUGGAAGGUGCAGGGCAGCAAAUGGACGCAACACCUGAGCUGCCUCUGUCUCAAGAAGAAUAUCAGGCUCUGCUGGAUCUUCUCUGA